AUGGCAACAGCGGCAGAAUGUAUACAAAUCAUAGAUGGAAUCGAAGUGAGAUUCCCUUACGAACCUUAUCAAAGCCAAAAGGUUUACAUGGAAACCGUCAUUAAGGCGGUGAAAAACGGAAAGAAUGCAUUAUUAGAGUCCCCUACCGGUACUGGAAAGACCCUAUCGCUCAUAUGUUCUACCUUGGCAUGUAUUUGGCACACACGAUUCAAGGAUGGAAGCAUUUUUAAACCUCAGGAGACCGUGCCUACCUCUUUGGAUGGCAUCCUUAGCACGAUAUCGGAACUCAGGAAUUCCAGUAAUCCUAGUUCUAAAGGGGGAAAGGGCAAAGGGCCUCAGAGGAUGAACAUAAUAUAUGCCUCACGAACACACAGUCAGCUAAAACAGGUUAUCAAGGAAGCGAAAAAAACGUCAUAUUCACAUGAGUUCGCGGCCAAGGGUCUAACCACAGUGGUACUGGGUUCACGCGACCAGCUAUGCAUACAUCCCGGACGCAGGAAUGCCACCGGUGAAGCCCUUAAUACAUUCUGCAGGAAGAUGGUCCAGACUAAAGGUUGUAUAUACUACAAUGGAAUGAAGAAGGGGCAAGCUGGGCAAAAAAUACAGUUUUAUGAAUUCAUGGACAUAGAGGACCUUGUGCUCCUCGGUAAGUCCAGAAGAUGCUGCCCGUUUUACGCUAGCAGGGAUGCUCAUGAGAUCGCAGAUGUGACAUUAUUACCUUACAACUACCUGUUAUCACCUAUGUCUCGAGAUGCGUUGGAGAUAAGGCUUAAGAACUCUGUGCUCAUAAUAGACGAGGCACACAAUGUCGAGAGUCUCGCAGAGGGUGCAGCGGCAUUUACCGUCAGACAGGUUGACGUGGCACGAUACCUUAUGGCACUUAGGAGGUUUGUCGAGGCACACAAAAAGGUCAGUGAAUCUCAACAGUUAGGAGUACUUAAGGAUGAGGUAUCUAUUGACUUUUCGUCUUUAGCAAAGUGUGCUGUGAUGUUCAAAAACUUAGACAAAUUCCUCACAAACAUACCUAUUGGAAGUUACACGAGUGUAAAUGAACGCACAGAAAUGUUCGCGGUCGAAUCAUGGCAGGUUACCACCAUUAGUAGGGAACACGCCGUAUUCCGUGGUAGAGACAUAUUAGAUCUCCUCAUGCGCAACAUAGGACUCCACGCACUGCGUGAACUUAACGUGGAUGAGGUGAUAAAGCAUUGUAUCGACAUUCUGUCCGCGAAUGUAGAUGAUGUUGCCUACGCGUAUCAACAGUGCUACGAAAGCGCCAAAAUCCUGCAAGAGGACGUGCAGGCACUAAAUUCGAUGUUACUCUUUCUGCACCACAUCUUCUCUAAGGAACUUCUCGAAUGCCCGGAGUACUUUCACGUCUUCGUGACUCACGACCAAAAGUUCAGCGACCAACGCCAGCAAGGUGUAGUUAGCAGCGGUACUAGCGACCCACCAGCCACUGGUGGAGGGUGGAAAAGUAAGGUGGCAUUUAAGGACAUUUCUACAUCCACCAGCGAGCCAGUGGCAGGAAGUGGUCCAUUGCCGAAGGUAAUGGUAUUCGAGUGCCUGCAGGCGACACCAUCGUUCCUUCGAUUGAAGAACGAAGGAGUCCGUUCAAUAAUACUUACAUCAGGUACCCUGUCUCCGCUGAGAGAUUUAGAAAGGAGUAUAGGUGGCAAUAAACUUUCAUUUGAGUACAAGUUGUCUAAUGAGCAUAUUAUCUCGACCUCAAAUGUUUUCCCGAGGGUAAUCACUGGAGGGGAAAAGGAUGCGCAUAUUCUAUCGUCUGAUUACAAGACUCGAUCUACACCUGCAUACAUUAAGGCUCUCGGAGAGGCGCUGCUUGUUUUUUCUCGUUGCGUACCAGCUGGCAUACUAGUUUUCUUCGGGUCGUACCCGGUAAUGGAGGACACAAUAACAGCGUGGAAGCGUGCUGGCAUAUACGCCCAGAUUGAGCGAGAAAAGGCACUUUUCGUCGAGUCUAGGUCAGCGUCACACGUUUAUGGCGCCGACUCGCAUGACAGAUAUGGUGGAUUAAGUGGGAGUGACGCGACGCAGGCGCAACUCAAAGAGUACAACACUCUGGUAGCAAAGGGCAGAGGAUGCAUGUUCAUUGGUGUCUGUCGUGGAAAGAUUGCAGAAGGUAUAGAUUUUAGCGACGACGCCUGUAGAGGUGUUUUCGUUUGCGGCGUGCCAUACCCAAAUCCGUAUGACGAGAGCAUAGCACUGAAAAUGGAUUACCUUCGAAAACAAGGUGGUAGCGGAAGAAAGGACGAGGCUGUUACGCAAUGGUAUACGUCUCAGGCGAUACGCGCGGUCAACCAAGCUAUAGGUAGAGUAAUUAGGCACAUCAACGAUUACGGCGCAAUAGUGUUAGCAGACCGCAGGUUUGCCUCCCCCAAUUUGUUGAAGGGUGUCAGUAGUUGGGUGACAAGAAACAUGGAAACCAAAGAUUCUAUGAUGUCAUGCACAACAGAUAUCAUGAAUUUCUUCAAACGGUUUUCCAAAGUACGGGAACAGGCAGCACUGCCUGCCGAACCUCCCAUCAAAGUGCCACAGGGCCUUUUUAGCUCCUUCACUGAGGAUAUAUCGCCAUUGCCGCGUAAAUCUGGAAGUUCAGAAACACAAAACCGGACACUUACGUUUAAAAGCCGCAAAAUAGUUUCGCAGGACUCCGGAAUCGCUUCGUCAAUUAGGGCUGGAUCAACCGUUACGGCGUGUGCUACCGGUCACACCUCUAGUCAAAAUAGUUCGAGGCCUUCAUCUCAAAAGGAGUCAGACAGCACCUUUUCUGUCUGGGACGUGGUUGAGGAUUGGAACAACAAGGACACAAUAUCACUAACAGACCACAAGAAACCUUACUAUAAACAUUAA